AUGUUUCAGAUCGUCGCCCUGAGCGACGGCGCGGUGAAAAUCGCGCCGGUGAACUUGGGCAAGAGCACGCUCGAGGCGGUGACGCAAGAGUUGGAGUCGUUGUACGUCGAUAAGGUGCUCGCAGAGUGCGGGGGGUUGUGCGUGACGCUGUAUUCCAUCACAAAUAUCUCUGGAGGGACCGUGUUGGCGGGCGAAGGGUGCGUGUGCUUCGAGGUGACGUUCAAAGUGGUGCUCUUCAAGCCGUUCGCGGGAGAGGUGAUCGAGGGAACGUUGCUGAGCGCCGACGCGCACGGGGCGCACGUGUCGAUUGGGUUCUUCAAAGAUAUAUUCGUGCCCCCGACGAACAUGCAGGCGCCGAGUGAGUACGACGAUGACUCCAAGGUCUGGAUGUGGGACUACGAUGGCGAAUUGAUGGAGAUGAAGGUGGGCGAGCGGUUUCGCUUUAAAGUCGUCGCCGUGCGCUUUCCCGAAUCGCCAAAGACGGCGGAGGAACUGGCGAGUCUCACCCGGGAGAGCGGCGCCGCGCCGCGAGAUGGAGGCGACGCCGCGUUCGCACCCAUGCUCGUCAUCGCGGAUAUCAACGAAGACGGUUUAGGUUUGUGCUCUUGGUGGGAAGAAAAAGACUAG